AUGGCCAACGUUCAGUUCACCUUCCAGCUACAGAGGCUCGCUGCAUACAAGCCGAGCGACAGCCAUAAGUCAAAGAACACGUUCACCUCGGGACGGGCGAUCCUCGAGCGCGGGGGAUACGCAACCAAGGGCGAAGAGGGGUGGGAUGCUCUCGAGAAGCUCGCGCUCGCGGCGCUGGACCAGGGGAACCUCGAGGUUGCAGACCGGUGUAUCAAACUCUUGACGGACAAGUUUCCCGGCUCUCCACGCGUCGACACUCUUGCUGGUAUCCGCAUAGAGGCCACAGAGCCCCCAGAAACGGCACUCGCCUACUACGAUGACCUCCUCGAAAACGACCCCACAAACUAUGCUGCUUGGCGGCGAAAAGCGCAAGUGUACCGCGCGAUGGGCAAGCUUGACCGUGCAGUAGAUGAGCUCUCCGGCAUGCUCGACACGUUUUACUCCGACAUCGACGCGUGGCUUGAGCUCGCGGACGUCUAUGCGUCAUGCAAGCUGUACACCUACGCACUGCAGUCGCUCUCGCACGCGCUCCUCCUGUCGCCCCAGAACCCUUCGUAUUUCCUCCAAUAUGCCGAGACGGCGUACCUCGCGGAGGAUGUCCCGCUCGCGCUGAAGAUGUUCCUCCACACCGUCGACAUGACCGACGAUGAUGACGGUGAUCUUGCGCCCAGCGACUCCAUCCCGACCGACAUCACCUUGCGAGCGUGGUUCGGUGUCAAGCUCUGUACGCACAAGCUGAUCCAGGAUCCCCGCGCAAGCAGCAGUUCUGCGUCGGACACACCCGCACCCAAUCCCUCCAACCUCUCGCUCCUGGACGACCUCUCGACAGAGCGGCUGCGGACCGCAUACCUCAACCUCAAGAACGAGUCCCCGCCGCAGGGCGAUUCGGAUCUUAUUGCGGCACUGGCCACACUCGUGAAGUAG